AUGAAGGUCACUUCUAUUCUCACCACUCUUACCGUUCUCCUCGGUGUCGGUAUCGAGACUGCCUCAGCCACGUGCUUUGUCACCGGUGCUUCCUACGAAAACAAGGAGACUGCCAAGUACCAUGCUAAGCGGGCUUGUGAGGGCUAUGACGGCAAGAAGGGCGCUUUCCAGGGUCGCUUCGCCCCUGGAGAGUUCAAGAACGCCUGCGUCAACAUUUCUGGCACCCAGAGCAUCAGAAUGUCAGUUGGAAACUUGAACAAGAACACUGGAUUCGACCUCGGGGACCAGGACUGCACCCUGCGUCUUCAGAACGAGAUCAACAACUGCGGCAAGGGCAGCGAGCACGAUGUCAGCGGCUGGCGCUUCCGGCGUUGA